AUGGCGUUCACGAAUGGACUCAGCGAACGCAUGGGGGAGCUGCGCUUCCCCAAUCCUAAAAGUCCCAAUGACGAGGUGCCCUUCUCUGGAUAUGCCUCUCCUCCACGAGGCCAGAAUUCGUUCUUUUCUCCCUUUCAGCCUUCGACUUCGACGUCAAGCGAUGUAAGAGGAAGCCUCCAACGCCGCUUCACAACGGAUUCAAGCAAGAUGUCGUCCUUGUCGAGUUUGGGUGGACAAAACUCACAGAUGGUGAAACCGCAUUUCACAGCUUCGUUCGACAAGAAGCGUCAGCAGAUAGAGCAAGUUCGGGAGCAGAAACGCAAAUUCGAGGCUCAGAUGAAACUUCUUGACCUCCAGGAGCAACGUCUGCAGCAGAGUAACAACACUUCUGACUUGGACCAACUCUCCAGAGGGUUCAGCGGAAUCAAGUUAACCGGUGGCCCAGUCAGUGAGCCUACAACUCCACCUGACUAUUCAGAUAGUGGAUUCCCGUCAUCUUUCUCUCGACCAAAUCGCUUUUCCAUCAACAGCAUCACUUCUCCACCGGGUCUGAACAAUCGAUUCUCACAGUCUAGCUCGCAGCUUGCUUCACCUUCUGGCAUGGCUAGUGCACGUAACCUGCCCCAGAAACCACCAGCCAAAUCAAUGCCUGGAUCUAGACGCAAUUCCGAGGACGAGGGCUACCUACCUGAAGAGCUCUUAGGCUUUCGGUCUACGGCCGCCAGUCGCUACUCCAUGCCCGUCAACGGUACAAAGUCACAGCAGCGUUCCAGCAUCCCCACCAACUCCGGGCUUGGUCCUCUCAAUACUACGAGCUUUCUCUUUGAUGACAAUGAUGAUCAGCAUAUGUCGGCGGGCAGUCAAGGUGCUCUUGUCUCUCCAAAUGCAACUAGUUUCCUGCAAAUGACUCCCAACGACGACAAUUUUCCUACUCUUCGAAGCGAUCGUACUUCUGGCAUUCUGUCUGCAAAUUCUGCUGCGCUCGAUCUUGCCAACUCCCGAUCUCCCGAUCCCGAGUCUUGGGCUACAUUCACUCGACCUCGUCCAAAUCAUGCAAGUAUGCCUCAAACCGGUCUUAAUAUCUUUCGUCCAGCUCUCAACAGCCCUGCUAAUGAGCAAACCCUCGAUCUUGGCAUGUCUCAAGCGGCUUCGACCUCUCAGAAACCACAACGUCAUUCGAGUGGAAUGACCUUCGGUGCUGGUGAAUCCGGCAGAUAUGAUUAUGCCGGCAUGAACUCCACCACUCCUUCAGCUGGUCGUCCUAUGUCCUUGCAGUCAUCUUAUUCUACGAAUGAUGUGCCAACGCUACGGAACUCUUCGGCAAUAACAACCAACGUCACGCCUUCCAAGGCCUAUGCGGAUCAGCAACUCUACAACCACAAUGCCAAUAUGGGACGCAUUCCAACCGGAGUAACCAGCAAGCGUCAAAGCCGAGAUCUUCCAUUUAUAACGAGCAAUGCCGACACGAAAAAGGAGGACAAAGGUCAGAACAUGCAAUCACAGCUUCAGGCAAGCGCGGCACCAUUCGGGUUGCAGACGACUUCCACGGCCGGUUCCAACGCGAUGUCAACUUCCGUUGUACCUUAUGGCGCUACCGCGGGUGCUAGUACUUAUGGGUACGGCAUGCAGACCUAUGAUCUGACCUCCACCCCAUCCGCCAAUCAGUUGCAGACUGUGCCAGGUGGUUACAAUGGUUAUCCUACCUACAGCGGCUAUGGUCGUCUUCAGGACAAUCAGACUCGAGUCGUUCAUCAGCGUCGUCCCCAGGGAGGCAGUGACGCUGCAAGAUACGACAACAUGCCGCUUGAGAACUUCCGUGGUAGGUUGUACGAGUUGUGCAAAGAUCAGCAUGGGUGCCGCUACUUGCAGAAGAAACUGGAAGAGAAGAACCUCGCAAACACCAUGAUGAUUUUCAUGGAGACCUGCCCUUACGUGGUUGAGCUGAUGACAGAUCCUUUCGGUAACUAUCUUUGCCAGAAAUUGCUCGAGUAUUCCGAGGAUGAUCAGCGUACGGCAUUGAUUGGUCAGGCAGCACCAGCCAUGGUUACUAUUGCACUCAACCAACAUGGAACUCGUGCCCUUCAAAAGAUGGUGGAGUAUGUCAGCACCACUGAGCAGAUCGAGAUUAUUGUCUUUGCUCUCAAGGACCGCGUUGUCGAACUUGUGCAAGACCUGAACGGCAACCAUGUUAUCCAGAAGUGCCUCAACAAACUGGGCCCCGAGAAUUCUCAGUUCAUCUUCGACGCUGUCGGACGCCACUGUGUCAUCGUUGGUACUCAUCGUCAUGGCUGCUGUGUCUUGCAACGCUGCAUUGAUCACGCCAAAGGUGAACAACGCUCCCGCCUCAUCUCAGCAAUCACCUCCAAUGCAUUUUCCCUCGUUCAGGAUCCAUUCGGUAACUACGUUGUACAAUACAUUCUUGAUCUUGACGAACCCAUGUUCACCAAGCCACUCUGCCUCAGCUUCGCAGGUAAUAUUCCAUCUCUCUCGAAGCAAAAGUUCAGCUCCAAUGUCAUUGAGAAAUGUCUCCGCACCGCUGAUGUCGACAGCAAGCGCAUGAUGAUUGAAGAGAUGCUGCACGCGAAUGAGAUUGAGAGGAUGUUGCGAGAUUCAUUUGCCAACUACGUUGUGCAGACCGCCAUGGACUAUGCGGACCCCGAGACCAAGAUGAGGAUGAUCGACACCAUUCGUCCCAUUCUCCCGGCUAUCAAACAAACACCACAUGGUCGUCGCAUCGCUAGCAAGAUCAUGGGAGCGGAUGGUCAAGGUCGCCUGACUGGUACGUCAAGUGGGCAGAUGACGCCAAACGAACCCUCGGCUGCUACCUCGUUUGCGCGUGCGAAAAGCAACACCAACGAUGCUGUGGGUAGACGACAGUUUCAGGUCUACGGUCAGCAUGGACUGUUCCAGGGCAACAACAAUACCUCUCGUUUCAUGAACCAAGGCUUUCCGGAUGGCAUGGAGAACAACUUCGUCGCUGGUAGCUACGCUGGUCUCAACGGCAUGGACGGUAUGAACGGCGUUUUCGGCGACUCAGCUCGAGCUGGAGAAACUCCAUACACUUCCUACGGCAGUGGCCAGCCUCGUCCCGGCUACAUCUGA